AGAAGAUUGCAAAAUCCAGAGGUCUUGGAUUAAACCAUCAAUUUUGGUUCCAAAUUUUUAUUGUAAAAAAAUGAGAACUGUUACUAAGUGCAACGCAAAAAUAAUCGAAUUAAAUUCGUUAAUUAAUUAUUCCUACUUAUUGAAAACAAAGGCUGUAUUACCGAGUCAAUAUAAGAUAGUAAGCAAUGUCAUCGUGACAUUCAUUAAUUAAACAUUCUUCUUUUACUCCUCAUUUUACACAUGACGCUACAACUCCAAAGAUGUUUUUAUUUUAUACAUUGUUGAGUUUGACUUUAAAAGUGAAUGUGGUUUACGCGUAUAGGAUACUCUGUGUUUAUCCAACAGAGAUGUAUAGUCACCAAUCAGUGCUUCGACUUUUGACGGAGGAACUCGCACGACACGGCAACGAAGUCGUGGUAAUCACCCCGCUCCCGGCCGGCACCAGUGUGGACAACAUCACGGAAAUAGACGUCCAUGACGUAUCCUCCCAAAUUUGGGUGGAAGGAGGCUACGACAAGAUGCUGAAACAAACCGACGGAAUCUCCAUAGAUGCUGUACAGACGAUGCAGUUUAUAAACCAGGUGGAACUGAAAUUAUUGGAUGCACAGUUCAACGCUCCCGUCGUACAGAAAAUGAUCAAGGAUAAGGAACAAAAGUUUGACUUGAUCUUUGUUGAAGCGUGCGUGCCUCUCAGCAUCAUGUUUGCAGCUAGAUUCGACGCGCCUGUCAUAGAAGUGAGUUCAUUCUUCGGCAGUCACGAAAACCUUUUGACCAUCGGUGCGCCAAUUCAUCCGCUUAUAUUCCCGUCUUACAACCAGCGGAAAACUAGAAACCUGUCGUUUUGGGAUAAACUGUCCGUGAUGUACACGUUUCUCAGGCUGAGGUACAUAGAGUAUUACGCUAAUGAAGAGCGGAACAAAGUGAUUCGGAAGUAUUUCGGCGCCGCCGCGCCCUCCGUCGCCGAACUGAGGACACGGAUAGAGAUGUUGUUUCUGAACGUGCACCCCGCGUGGGCCGACAACCUGCCCGCGCCGCCCGCGCUGCUGUAUCUAGGCGCGCUGCACUUGAAGGAACCACUACAAUUGCCAGAGGAUCUACAAACAUACCUAGAUUCUUCAAGAAAAGGUGUUAUUUACGUGAGUCUUGGAUCUACGUUAAACAUCUCAGACUUACCUCACCAAAUAACUACCGCUCUUUUCAAUGUUUUCAAGUCACUGCCUUACGAUAUACUGCUGAAAGCUAAACAUGAAAAUGUGGGAUUUAAGCUAGAAAACUUAAGAAUAGAGAAGUGGCUACCACAAAAUGAUUUACUUCACCACCCAAAUGUUAAACUAUUUAUAACGCAUGGAGGAUUACAGUCAAUAGAUGAAGCCAUAGAGGCUAACGUGCCGAUGGUGGUAAUGCCAAUAACUGGCGACGCGUGGUACAACGCACAGAAAUGCGAACAAUUUGGUAUUGGAAAGGAAAUAGAUUUGAACACAUUGAAUGAAGAUGAUCUACGGAUUGCUAUUCUUGAAAUAGCUGGCAAUGAGACGUACCGUCGCAACAUCGCAUCGCUGUCGCUGGUGCUGCAGGAGCAGCGGGCGGGCGGGCUGCAGCGCGCGGUGCCCGGCGCGGCGCGCGUGGCGGCGCGGGCGGCGCGGCCCCUGCGCUCGCCGCUGGCCGACGCGUCGCUGGCGCAGAUCCUCAUGCUGGACGUGCUGGCGGCGGCGGCGGCGGGCGCGGCGGUCGCCAUUGUUGCUGCCGGGGCACUCGCCGUAGCGCUGUACAGGGCUGUGAGGAGAGCUCUGCCACCGCGGCGGAAGCGGAAAACUAAUUGAGUUGCAAUAAUUUUUUUGAAGUUUAAGAUCAAUUUACAUUAUAGUGUGAUAUUAUGUUAUACACCUAUUAGAAACAUAUACUUACAGAUAAUAUACAUAAUUUAUUCAUGUAGAUAUAGAAAAAUAAACUCUCAUGUCUCCGUCAGAUAUUGUUCAGGAGGUCGCAUAUAUCUCACUAAUAAAAUUUCACAUUGCACAGCAGGGCAUACAUAUUAUUAUUAUGAUCGAUUUUAUGUAACAAAGAAGGUGGAUUUGCCGUAA